AUGCCAGGCUUGGAGGCAGCAGCAGUGGAGGGAUUCAGAACCUUGACUGAGACUAAAGCUUGGGACUAUGUUGUAGUAUGGAAGUAUGGCGAUGAUCCAACAAGAUUUAUUGAGUGGAUGGGCUGCUGUUGUGUUGGGGGAUGUAAUGGAGGCAAGAACGAAGAGGAAAAGGAGGAAGAACAUAGACUGGGUCGUAGAUGUAGGGAUAGUCACUAUCAGCAUCCAGAUUCAACAGGAACGCAAGUUUUGAUCCCUAUUAUUGGUGGUAUUAUAGAGCUCUUCUCAGCAGAGACUGUACCAAAAGAUUCAAGGAUCAUAGAGUUGAUAACUGCACGUUGCUGUCUCCCUAUGAAAAAUGAAGCCAUUUCUGAACAUCCACCGUUAGAUUCAUGCUACCCACAAAGCUUAAUUUCUAGCAUACACACAUCUGCAGUAGAGCAGUGCAUCUCUCACCCAAGCAUUGAAGGAUCCUCCAGUGGAUCAUAUCCUUCAAAUGAAACUCCAAAAGAACAUCAAAGAGGUUUGGAUUUCCAGUGCGGCACUCUGGAAGAAGAUAAACCAGAGUUGGUCAGAAGACCUCAAAGGGAAUUCUAUACAUCUAAAAAUCUUGUCACAGAGAGGAAUAGGAGGAGCAGGAUAAAAGAUGGGCUUUAUGCUCUACGAGCUUUGGUCCCAAAGAUAACCAAGAUGGAUAGGGCAUCCAUUGUUGGAGAUGCCAUUGAUUAUAUAAAGGAACUGCAAGAACAAGAAAAAGGACUUAGACACAAGAUCACAGCUUUGGAAGCAGAGGAUCAUAGAAAGAACAAACCACAGUGGAGGAGGCCAAUAUUGAAGGAACAAAGAGGAACCAGAAGUUUGCAUCUUGAUGAGCCCAUCCAAAAUUCCUCUGAUUCCACAAAAAGGACCCAGAUGGAGGUGCAGGUUGAAGUGAACCAGAUUGGGAAGAGAGAGUUUCUUGUGAAGAUACAAUGUGAGAAGAAGAGAGGAGGGUUUGCAAGAUUGAUGGAGACUAUCCAUUUGUUUGGACUGCAGGUAACUGAUGCCAAUGUGAACACUUUCGGUGGCGAAGUAGUGAAUAUUCUGACUGUUAAGGCAAAUAAGCUUGAUAUUCACCCAGACAUUUUGAGAGAUUAUUUAACUAAGCAAGCUGGUUCUCAAGAAAGAGGAGUUGAUGUUGAGUUCACGAAGGCUUAA